AGCGAGGGCGGCCCGCCCGCGGCUCGCCGUUUGACAGAUGCUCAUCGCCAUGGAGUUGCCGCAGCAGCACCUUCGGGGGCUCGGGCGAGCGACGGGAGCCGGGAUCUGAGCGAGCGCCGGGGCCAGCGGAGCCGGAGCCGCCGGGACAUGUUGCAGAUCUGACCUCUUCUGAACACGUGGCCGUGUCUCCAUCCCUGGGACUCUGAACCCAGCAGCUGGACCACUUUGUCCUUGGGAUUUUGGGUGUCCUCUCUUCUCACCUUUCCCUUGUCCCCUCUUCCCUCCUACCUCCUGAGAACUCCUGAAGACUGUAGGAUUGUCAUGGAGUCCAGGGAAAUCUUAAGCAGCUCCCGGCAAAGGGGGGACGAAUCGGAAUUUCUGCCUGUCUCCUCGGCCAAGCCCCCAACUGCUCCUGGCUGUGCAGGAGAACCUUUGCUCUCUGCUCCAGGAACUGGGAAGGGGAUCCCAGUGGGCGGAGAACGCAUGGAGCCAGAGGAGGAGGAUGAACUGGGCUCAGGGCGGGAUGUGGAUUCCAACUCAAAUGCAGACAGCGAGAAAUGGGUUGCAGGAGAUGGCCUGGAAGAACAAGAAUUCUCUAUCAAGGAGGCAAACUUCACAGAGGGAAGUCUGAAGCUGAAGAUUCAGACCACCAAGCGGGCUAAGAAACCCCCAAAGAAUCUGGAGAACUAUAUAUGCCCACCUGAGAUCAAGAUCACCAUUAAGCAAUCUGGCGACCAGAAGGUGUCCCGUGCUGGGAAAAAUAGCAAAGCCACGAAGGAGGAGGAAAGAAGCCACUCCAAAAAGAAGCUCCUCUCAGCCAGUGACCUUGCAGCCAGCGACCUCAAAGGAUUUCAGCCACAGGCUUACGAGCGGCCACAGAAACAUUCAAAUCUCCACUAUGACCCAGGCCUCCCACAGGACGUCACCAGUGACACCUUAAAACCAAAGCACCAGCAAAAAAGCAGCAGCCAGAACCACAUGGACUGGUCCACCAACUCUGACAGUGGACCUGCCACUCAGAAUUGUUUCAUCAGUCCGGAGUCUGGCAGAGAAACUGCAAGCACCAGCAAGAUCCCUGCUCUUGAGCCCAUGGCUUCCUUUGCAAAGGCCCAGGGUAAGAAAGGCAGUGCAGGGAGCACAUGGAGUCAGUUGUCCAACAGCAGCAAAGAUCUGCUCUUGGGAGGUGUGGUCCCAUCCCCGGGCAGCCACAGCUCACCAGCUGCACCUAGCAGCUCUGCAGAGUGCAACGGGCUUCAACCUUUGGUAGAUCAAGAUGGAGGAGUUGCAAAGGAGCCCCCAGAACCACCUACUCUAGGCAGCAAGAAAAAGUCCAGUAAAAAAGAUGUGAUAAGUCAGACCAUAUCAAAUCCAGACCUGGACUGGGUCAAGAAUGCUCAGAAAGCAUUUGACAAUACAGAAGGGAAAAGGGAAGGCUACCCCGCAGAUAACGCCCAAGAGGCAUCACCAGCCAGGCAGGGUGUGAGUUCUAUCAGUAAUCCCGAAAAUGACUCAAGUCAUGUCCGGAUUACUAUCCCUAUCAAAGCACCCUGUCUAGAUCCAACCAGCCAUAAGAGGAAAAAGAGACAGUCCAUCAAAGCAGUGGUGGAAAAGAUCAUGCCAGAGAAAGCCCUGGCUUCUGGAAUCACUAUGAGCAGUGAAGUGGUUAACAGGAUACUUUCCAACACUGAGGGAAACAAGAAAGAUCCCCGUGUCCCUAAAUUGAGUAAAAUGAUGGAGAGCGAGUCCCCCUCAGUUGGCCUUGAAACAGGCGGAAAUGCCGAGAAAGUCAUUCCUGGAGGUGUGUCUAAGCAGAGGAAGCCACCCAUGAUCAUGACGCCUCCGACAUGCACGGAUCACUCUCCCUCGAGAAAGCUGCCGGAAAUCCAGCAUCCCAAAUUUGCCGCAAAACGGAGGUGGACAUGCAGCAAACCAAAGCCCACCAGUAUGCUUCGGGAGGCAGUCAUGGCCACCUCUGAUAAACUGAUGGUGGAACCGCCGUCUGCCUACCCCAUCACCCCAUCCAGCCCUCUGUACACCAACACAGACAGUCUUACUGUGAUCACACCGGUCAAGAAGAAGCGGGGGCGGCCAAAGAAGCAGCCCCUGCUCACGGUUGAGACGAUUCACGAGGGGACCUCCACCAGUCCUGUCAGCCCCAUCAGCCGGGAGUUCCCUGGCACGAAGAAAAGAAAGAGGCGACGCAGCCUAGCCAAGUUGGCCCAACUAGUGCCAGGAGAGGACAAGCCUAUGAGUGAGAUGAAAUUUCACAAAAAAGUUGGAAAGCUUGGGGUGUUGGAUAAGAAGACCAUCAAAACCAUCAAUAAGAUGAAAACACUCAAGAGGAAAAAUAUCUUGAACCAGAUCUUGUCCUGCUCCAGCAGCAUUGCCCUGAAGGCUAAAGCUCCCCCUGAGACCAGCCCUGGGGCAGCGGCAAUUGAGAGCAAGUUGGGCAAGCAGAUUAAUGUCAGCAAGAGGGGAACCAUCUACAUUGGCAAGAAGCGGGGUAGGAAGCCGAGAGCAGAGCUGCCACCCCCGUCCGAGGAACCCAAAACAGCCAUCAAGCACCCCAGGCCUGUCCCUGGCCAGCCGGAUGUCCCAGCCGUGCCUUCCAACUUUCAGUCUCUCGUGGCAUCUUCACCAGCAGCCAUGCACCCACUUGCCACACAGUUAGGUGGGUCCAAUGGCAACCUGAGCCCCGCCAGCACUGAAACCAACUUUUCCGAGUUGAAAACUAUGCCAAAUCUCCAGCCCAUCAGUGCUCUUCCAACCAAAACCCAGAAGGGAAUCCAUGGUGGAGCCUGGAAGCUGUCUCCGCCCAGGCUGAUGGCCAACUCACCCUCCCACCUUUGCGAGAUUGGGUCACUCAAGGAAAUCACGCUGUCCCCUGUGAGUGAGUCACACAGUGAGGAGACGAUCCCGAGUGACAGCGGCAUCGGGACAGACAACAACAGCACGUCUGACCAAGCGGAGAAGAGUUCAGAAUCCCGACGGAGGUACUCUUUUGAUUUCUGCUCCCUGGACAACCCGGAGACCCUUCCGUCUGACACCAGCACAAAGACCCGGCACGGCCACCGGCAGAAGCAUCUCAUGGUGGACAACUUCCUGGCCCACGAGAGCCUCAAGAAGCCAAAGCACAAGAGGAAACGGAAAAGCCUGCAAAAUCGUGAUGAUCUCCAGUUUCUGGCAGACCUGGAAGAGCUCAUCACCAAGUUCCAGGUGUUCAGGAUCUCCCACCGGAGUUACACCUUCUACCACGAGAAUCCGUAUCCCAGCAUUUUUCGGAUUAAUUUUGAUCACUAUUACCCGGUGCCAUAUAUCCAGUAUGACCCGUUGCUCUAUCUUCGCAGGACUUCAGACUUGAAGUCAAAGAAGAAGCGUGGUAGGCCUGCAAAAACCAAUGACACCAUGACAAAGGUGCCUUUUUUACAAGGGUUCAGCUACCCUAUUCCCAGUGGAAGUUACUAUGCACCCUAUGGAAUGCCUUACACAUCAAUGCCUAUGAUGAACCUUGGUUAUUACAGUCAGUACCCAGCUCCCUUGUACCUGUCGCACACACUAGGAGCGGCAUCCCCAUUCAUGAGGCCAACGGUGCCACCACCUCAGUUCCACACAAGCUCCCACGUGAAGAUGUCUGGUACGGCUAAGCAUAAAGCAAAGCAUGGGGUCCACCUGCAGGGACCUGUCGCCAUGGGCCUCGGUGACAUACAGCCAUCCCUGAAUCCUCCCAAGGCAGGUAGUACCAGUCUGUCCGGCGGUCGGCUCCACAAGAGAAAACACAAACACAAGCAUAAGCACAAGGAAGACCGGAUCCUAGGGACCCAUGACAACCUGAGUGGUCUCUUCGCAGGCAAAGCCACAGGCUUCUCCAGCCACAUCCUGAGCGAGCGGCUGAGUAGUGCAGACAAGGAGCUCCCGUUAGUGAGCGAGAAGAAUAAGCAUAAAGAGAAACAGAAGCACCAGCAUAGUGAAGCCGGCCACAAAGCCUCUAAGAACAACUUCGAGGUGGACACCCUGUCUACACUGUCACUUUCUGAUGCCCAGCAUUGGACACAGGCCAAGGACAAAGGUGACUUGAGCAGUGAGCCUGCAGACUCGUGCACAAAAAGGUACUCUGGCAGUGGUGGGGAUGGUGGCAGCACCAGACCCGAGAGCCUGGACGUGUUCAGUGACAUGAACCCUUCGAAUGACAAGUGGGACAGUGACAUGAGCGGGAGUAAAAGGAGGAGCUACGAAGGCUUUGGGACAUACAGGGAAAAGGACAUUCAGGCCUUCAAGAUGAACCGCAAGGAGAGAAGUUCUUACGACUCCUCCCUGUCUCCAGGUGCUAUCCUUAGGCCCUCAUCCCAUCUGAUGGUGCAGUUUGCUAGUUGGAAAGAAACCUCUGAAACUCGCUUAAAAAAUGCCAACAAGAUCCCAAGAAUGUCAAAACUGGAUGGGAGUGACACCUAAUUUAUCUGGCAUGCCACCUCCAGAAGUCACACACCCUAGGUGAGGCAUCUAUAACAGAGCCAUUGGAAGCUACUGACUCCUCAAGUGUACCUAAUGAGGGAGCCAUUGCUCCAGGCUAUAUUGUCCUCUUAUUGUCCUUGGGCAUUUGACCCCCAGAGUGAAACCCUGGCUCAUCAUUUCCCUGCAUGAAGGGGAGGGAGCCUGGCAGAAAUGUGUUGCAAGCCUCCUGCCCCCAUGGGACCUUACUGCUGUGUCUCUUGGCAUGUCCACUGGGAAUGCGAUUUUGCCCGCUAAUCUCUAAACUUGAAGUACUGGUUGCUACUAGAAAGAGCUCAUUCCUUGUCAGUUGCUGGUAGAAUUUCCUUGCUAACUUUCCCACCCACACAGACCUUCCUUGCCACAGAACUUGACACUUGUGCGUAAGUAUCCCUUUGUCCCUGUCGACACGUAAGUGGUAAGGAUCUUUUGGAACAGAACAGUUGUCAAGGAGGAAAAAAAUAGAAGCUCCUUUCCUAGGAGCUGCAGAAGCUAAAAGGAUUUCUCCUGCUCCCCCUACCCCCAGAUAAUACAAAGCACUCUGGACGUAGCCUGGUUUUGAAAGACGAAUCAUCCCUGUUUCAGGUUUGGGUAUAGGGUUUCUCCUCUGUUUGUGAUGUGUACCCCUUAUUUGUCCUCUUCCUUCCCGGGGAGUCCGUUAUUAGUGAGGGUGAGGGCAGUCUAUUCAUGAGGAAUUAGAGUCAUUUCUCUAGGCCAGCAGACUUCAGAAGAAAUAUGGUUAUGAGUUAGAAACCACUUAAGGAUUGCCCCCAAAUUGCCACUAGCUUGUGAGUUGCUAUAGUGGUAGAUAUUCUCCUUGGUUAAUGAAGAGACCAAUUAGCAGUCAUGUUUCCUGCCAAAGGUGAUAAAUGGCCCACACUUCAUGUUUGCCCAAAGAGGAUGUUUUCAUCGGGGUUUCUCUGUUCCUCAUAAUCAGACUUUGUUGAAGGUACUUGUUUUUUAUGCAAAGCUCAAAUUAAGCCACUUGGAUAGGAGUUGCCAGAUAAAACUUUUACAUGAGAAAAACUACUGCUUUCU